GUGAUUUACAAAGCCACCAGCGUCACUCAGGUGUAUAAAAGCUGUGAACUCACACAGGUAUGACUGCACUGAGCCCUCUCCAGCUCCUCCGACAACAUGUCUGCCCCAAACAUGAACAUGAGCAGGAUCGUCUUCUACGAGGACAGGAACUUCCAGGGACGUUCCUAUGACUGCAGCAGUGACUGUGCCGAUUUAUCCUCCUACCUGAGCAGGUGUCACUCCUGCAGGGUGGAGAGAGGCUGCUUCAUGGUCUACGACCGCACCAACUACAUGGGUAACCAGUACUUCAUGAGGAGGGGCGAGUACGCUGACUACAUGAGCAUGAUGGGAAUGAGCGACUGCAUCCGAUCCUGCCGCAUGAUCCCCAUGUACCGUGGCUCCUACAAGAUGAGGAUCUACGAGAGGGAGAACUUCGGAGGCCAGAUGUACGAGAUGAUGGACGACUGCGACAACAUCAUGGAUCGUUACCGCAUGUCCAACUGCAUGUCGUGUCACGUGAUGGACGGACACUGGCUGAUGUAUGAGCAGCCCCACUACAGAGGCAGGAUGAUGUACAUGAGGCCUGGAGAGUACAGGAGCUUCAUGAACAUGGGCAUGGGCAACAUGAGGUUCAUGAGCAUGAAGCGCAUCAUGGACUCCUACUACUGAAGAAAUUCAGGACAGUGCUGAGAAACAUUAAAAAACUGUUUUUCUCCUAAA